UCUUUAUUACGAGGUAAAUACAAUAUGGCUAAUUGUUAUCACGAGGGAAUUCAUUUUUUUGGAGAUCUAGAAGAGAAAGAAUAAGAAUUUUGUCUUUACUGCAUAAAGAUGAUUCCUUCUAUGGUUAAGCAAAUAUGCAGUUGUACAGAGAAAAGAAUCGUCAACAGGAUCUGGUCAUCAACAAGAUGCAUUUCUUCACAAACUUCAGUUUCCUAUGAAGGACAAGCAAGGAAAAAAGGUAGGCGUGUUACAUUUAUUGACAAAGUAAGAAUCUAUGUGAAAGGUGGUUCAGGAGGUAUGGGUUGUCCAAGUGCUGGUGGAUGUGGUGGUAAAGGUGGUGAUGUGGUUGCUCGGUGUAUGGAUGGUUCUUCUUUGGCACAAUUCAAGACACUUGGUUACCGAAGGCACAUAGCAGGGCAUGGCGAUCAUUUCAAGAAAAAUAAAGGAGAUGGAAAGCCCGGAAGAUCCAGUUUUCUAAGUGUACCUGCAGGAACGGUAGUUUAUGAUGGAGAAAAUAACCUUCUUAAAGAGCUGAACACUCAUGGUGAGCAGAUGAUACUAGCAAGGGGAGGACAUGGCGGCUCACACAAGACAUUGAAGUUCAAUGGAAUAAAAGGAGAGAGAAAGAUCGUAACAUUUGAACUAAAGCUUCUUGGAGAUGUUGGUCUUGUAGGAUUCCCAAAUGCUGGCAAGUCUACAUUCCUUCAAAGCGUCUCAAACGCAACACCAAAAGUUGCAGAUUACCCUUUUACAACAUUGCGACCAACUGUUGGUUUAAUCAAAUAUCCUGAUCAUACUACGAUAAGCUAUACUGAUCUGCCUGGGCUGAUUGAAGAUGCUUAUUUGAAUCGUGGAAUGGGCCACAAGUUUCUUCGCCAUGUAGAAAGAACAAAAGUGAUUUUAAUGAUGGUUGAUAUAAAUGGAUUUCAACUGAAUUCACAAUUCCCACUGAGGAGCCCCGUUGAAACGAUAACACUGCUUCUGCAGGAGCUUUACCUGUAUCAAAAAGAGUUGAUGGAUCGCGAAAUAUUAGUUGCCCUGAACAAAGUCGACACUGAACCAUCUGGAGAACUGGUUGCACGUAUUAAACACCAAAUGGUGAACAUCACCAAAAUGGACCUACCAUUUUUGCGCACAGAAGAGUCGGACAUAAUUCGUGAAAAAGUUUACGACUUCACUUCAAAUGGGUUUUCGAAUGUUUUUGGAAUUUCGGCAAAAGCUGGCAUCGGUUUGGAAAUACUUACGGAUAAUGUGCGUAGCGUGGUUGAGCAGCUAAAAAUGGACGAAGAACUGGAGUAGUAUUUAUCUUUCCUAUGGACAGAUAUAUUUUGACGAAUCUUACUGUACAACAAAAGCCAUGUAAGAUAAUUAAUUAUUUGAAGCAGCAACUAACACUAAGAUCCACUGUCGCAAAAUUCGUUUUAAUCAAGAAUCCAUGAUCAUUCUUGAAGAGGUGUUUAUUUGCAAGUCCGUGUUUUCUUCGUGCAAACUUAGCUGCAAGCUAAAGUCCUUUUCGAAUGUAUUUCUGCUGGUCCAAAUUUUAACCAGGCUGCGCGGCAGAAAUGCGGCAUUCAU